CUCCCGCUUGCUGCCUCCCCGCUCGGGCCAGUCGGAGCCCAGGUGGUGGCGGGGCGGCCCGGAGCGCCCGAGGAUGCGCGGCUGGGCGCUGCUCCUGCUCUGGGGGCUGCUCCCCGCGGGGGGCUCAGCGGGCGCCCUGCCGCACCGCAGCCAGCUCGACGCCGACGGCCGCUACUGGCUGAGCUGGGGCCCGCGCGGCGGCCGCCUCGCCUUCCGCCUCGAGGUGCGCACGGCCGGCUACGUGGGCUUGGGCUUCUCGCCCACCGGGGGCAUGGCCGCGGCCGACAUCGUGCUGGGCGGGGUGGCCCACGGGCAACCCUACCUGCAGGAUUAUUUUACAAAUGCAAAUAGAGAAUUGAAAAAAGAUAAUCAACAAGAUUACCACCUAGAAUAUGCCAUGGAAAACAACACACAUACAAUAAUUGAAUUUACCAGAGAACUACAUACAUGUGACAUAAAUGAUAGGAGUAUAACGGAGAGUACUGUCAGAGUGAUCUGGGCCUACCACCAGGAGGAUGUGGGAGAAGCUGGUCCUAAGUAUCAUGAUUCCAAUCGUGGCACCAAGAGUCUGCGGUUAUUGAAUCCUGAGAAAACCAACAUGUUCUCUACAGCCACAUCAUACUUUGACCUGGUAAAUCAGGACGUCCCUGUUCCAAACAAAGGUACAACAUAUUGGUGCCAAAUGUUUAAGAUUCCUGUGUUCCAGGAAAAGCAUCAUGUAAUAAAGGUUGAGCCAGUGAUACAGAGAGGCCAUGAGAGUCUGGUCCAUCACAUCCUGCUUUAUCAGUGCAGCAGCAACUUUAAUGACAGUGUCCUGGACUAUGGCCACGAGUGCUACCACCCUAACAUGCCCGAUGCUUUCCUAACCUGCGAGACUGUUAUCUUUGCCUGGGCCAUCGGUGGAGAGGGUUUUUCCUAUCCACCUCAUGUUGGAUUAUCCCUGGGCACUCCAAUAGAUCCUCAUUAUGUUCUCCUGGAAGUCCAUUACGACAAUCCGACAAAUAAGGAAGGUUUAAUAGAUAGUUCUGGACUGAGGUUAUUUCAUACUACAGAUAUAAGGAAUUACGAUGCUGGGGUGAUUGAGGCUGGCCUUUGGGUUAGCCUCUUUCAUACCAUUCCUCCCGGAAUGCCUGAGUUCUUGUCGGAGGGUCACUGCACCCUGGAAUGCCUGGAUGAGGCACUGGAAGCUGAAAAGCCAAGUGGAAUCCAUGUGUUUGCUGUUCUUCUCCAUGCUCACCUGGCUGGCAGAGGGAUCAAGCUGCGUCACUUUCGCAAAGGAGAGGAGAUGAAAUUACUUGCUUAUGAUGAUGAUUUUGACUUCAAUUUUCAGGAGUUUCAGUAUCUAAAAGAAGAAAAAACUAUCCUACCAGGAGAUAAUCUGAUCACUGAAUGUCGUUACAACACUAAAGAUAGAGCCCUGAUGACAUGGGGAGGACUAAGUACCAGGAAUGAAAUGUGUCUUUCAUACCUUCUUUAUUACCCAAGAAUUAACCUCACUCGAUGUGCCAGUAUUCCAGACAUUAUGGAGCAACUCCAGUUUAUUGGUGUUAAGGAGAUCUACAGGCCAGUCACGACCUGGCCUUUUAUUAUCAAAAGCCCCAAGCAAUAUAGAAACCUGACUUUCAUGGAUGCAAUGAAUAAAUUCAAAUGGACUAGAAAAGAAGGUGUCGCUUUCAAUAAACUUGUCCUCAAUCUGCCUGUGAACGUGAGAUGCUCUAAGACGGACAAUGCUGAGUGGUCGAUUCAAGGGAUGACAGCGUCCCCUCCGGACAUAGAAAGGCCCUACAAAGCAGCACCUCCGGCAUGUGAAGCCCCUUCCUCCUCCUCCUCCUCCUCCUCCUCCUCCUCUUCCUCGUCCUCCUCCUCAUCCUCCUCAGCCACAUGCAGGCGCUGCUUCCUCCUGACGCACCUGUGCCUCGUGAUGCUCAGCGUGUGGCCCCGGUCCUGAGCUCGUGCCCGCUGAGCCACCACCGUCCACACGUCUCACUUCAUGCGCAAGUUAGAGACACUUGGGUCUGGAAGGCUGAGCCCGGGGAGCAUGGAGACCCUCCUGUCAGGCAGCUCGUUCCUCCCCAGAAGCCCGGCUCCCAGCGCCCGGGGAGGGAUGUCAUUCUCUUUCUCUUCGUGUCCUCAGACAUCUCUGAUGUCAGCUGUGCGCUGAAAGCUACCCAGCAGCACCAACCUGGCUGUUUCUUAACUGUUUGAAAAAAUCAGGGUGAGAAGAAAAUGAAGGGGUAGUUUAUUUCCUUCCGCAUCCCACUUUAACGGAACAGUCAGUGUUGCUCUUUUAUGCUUUAAUUUGGGGGUCUGUACGCCUUUGAAAAACAUAAAUCUCUGUUAACAAUAUAAAGGGGGCACACUCCAGGUCCUGGCAGAUACGACGGUGGUUCUUUAUGUAGCACCUGCCUCUUUCUGGGAAUUCUCCAGAGGCCCCUCCCCACAGUGCUUUCUGGGAAUGCUACGAUCAGCUUCUUUAUCCAGAUUUAUUGGCAUCGUUCAUCUCCCCCAAACCUAUUCCAAAGGUGGUGUUUUAUUCUUUUGUCCUUGAUCUGACCUUGGCCAGGUGUAGUUUUGGCUUGGGCUGCAUCAUCCUUGCUCAGAAAAGAAAGAAAAGGGAUGUGAAUUCUGGUCCAGAAGUGAGGUAGACGGCGGUGGCGGAGGAGGAUAAUGGAGGCCCUGUGCAGGGAGGGAGGGGUCCUUUGUGAGGUUGCAGGUCAGGCUGAGCAGUGUGGGCCCGCCAAGGAGGUCCGAGCUGUGAAGUGCUCGAGCAUCACACUGACCCUCCAGGUGUCACACACACUGCAGACCGACUCGGUCUGUCCCAAUUGCUCUUGUAGGUGUAUUUCUGUCUGCUCAUAAACCAACUUUUUCUAAUAAAAUGGUCAUCAAUUAGAAAGACUUGCUUUUUUCUUUCUCUUUAGGUAGAUCAGCUAAAUCUUUUGUGUCCUCCCUUCAUUUCUUUUCUUUAUUUUUUUUCCGAUUUUUGGGUCACAGCCAACAAUGUUCAGGGGUUACUCCUGGUUCUGCACUCAGGAAAUACUCCUGGCAGUGCUUGGGGGACCAUAUGGGAUGCCAGGGAUUGAAUCUUGGUCAGCCGUGUGCAAGGCAGACACCCUAUCCCUAUAUUAUCGCUCCAUCCCCUUCCCUCAUUUCUUAAGCUAAAUAUUUUUGGAUCAUAUAUAAAUAAACUCAAUAAGGUUAA